AUGAUGCACGGCCUUACGUACCCCAAGGUGGAGGCAAAACAACAACGGCUGCCGCUGAUGGGCACGGCACAACUUCCGUCACUCGAGUCGUCGGAUAAAAAAAAUCCAAUGGAAACGGGGAGAAGGCAGAGAAUGCCGGUGGUUGGAGCAACAGACUCAUCGUCGUCGUCCUCGUCGAGAGGCAAAAAAGGCCGCAGUAGCGGAAGAAGUUCAGAUAGGAGUGGAGCGAGGUCCGCCGCCUCCGUCGAGACCAUCAUGGAGAUGAACAAGGAGGCGAUGGCGCUUCUGAGGGACGGGAAGAAGAAGGCAAGCCACGACAUGCUUCAAGCCGCGCUUUCAGCUGCCGAGUCGGGUGUUCGCCGGAUUCAACGGCAAUCAGAUGCGUCUCGGGCAGGCGUUCAGGAGCAGCGUGACGCUUGGCUUCUCGCAUUUGCAACGACGCUCAGCAAUUUGGGCUGUGUGCGGCGCCGGGAUAACAAGCUGCACGACGCACUGCGCUACCUGCAGGACGCGCGAGAAGUGGAGGCGCAGGUAUUUGGCAAGCCAUCGUGCUCAACAAUGGUGAAUCUCUCCGCGGUGCUGCUGGGCGUCGGGUCGGCGGAGGAGGCACUACGCAUCGCCCGUGACUGUGUGGUCGCGUCGGAAGACAGUGACCCGAUGCUGCACAUCAUCGCGCUGCACAACUACGGCGUGACGCUGAGUCAACACCCCGCCGAAGACACGCGGCAGUCAGCGGCGUCUGUUCUCAUGAAGGCGCUGCGGCAGUCGCAGUCGCACCUCGGCGAGGAGCACCCCACCACCGUCCUCAUCCGCGAGCGCUGUGGCAUGUCGCUGCGGAAUCCACCACAGAGCGGCACGGUCGCCGCGCCGCAAGCCAAAAAAACGAGCAGCCAGGCCCCGCCCGCCGGUCACGUCCUGCCGCCCAUCGCCCCGAUUUCGGUUCAGCGCUUACAGGCGAAGGAGGCGAUGCAGUCACUCGACUACGGCACCAUGCCCUUGACCGCAACAUCCUCUGCCCCAUCGGAGCGGCAGACGGCAUCGUUGUCUUCACUUGCCGCGUCGCUGAAAGAAAUGGUUGGUUCCGGGACGAUGCGGCCAGCACCGGUCCUUCCACCCAUUACGUCUGACUCUGUAGCUAACGACACACAGACAGAACCCCCCGCCCGCCGCUCAACACCAAAUGUCCCAGCCUCCGUCUCCUGUGUGGUGGCUGGCGAAGCCCAGUUGCUGCAGAAGUCUUUGCAGAUGGAUCUAGUGCCUGUGAUUUUGUCAACAGUAACUGAGACAUGCGUUAGGCGUGGGGAACUUCCUGAGGGAGACGUAAGUGAUACCGUCACUGUGACGAAGGUUGAGGUGGAUGAGUUGGAAGAAAAUGAAGCCACAGUCUUACCUUCUGAUGUGAAGGAAAUUCUGAGGAAAGAGGAGAAGGAGGAGGAGGAGGAGGAGGAGGAGCACAAAAGUGAGAGUCAUGGGGAGAGGCAAGACAGCGAAGAGGCGGACACUUUUCAUGUCGAUGCCUUGGGCGCGACGAGACGACCCGUCCGAAAUGCUAUUCCUGGGGGUUUCUUCGUCAUUGCUUCGCACAGCGCAGAAAUGCAGCCAUCGUUCCUCCGCUUCGCACCACCAGAGACCCCGGCAUCACUACCACUAGAAGAAGGAGAAGCAGCAAGAAAGGCUUCCGCAUGCUCUCCUACAACCCAACAUUCCAGUCGUGACUCCAAGUCAUCUGUUAAGCCGCCCCCAUCAAGGUCUGAAAGGGAGAAGUUAUUCACCGACUCUGACGAGGAGAUACUGGGAAAAGAAACGGAGGAGGGGGAUGAAGAGACGAGCAGUUCCGAAAAGCCGAAGGAGAAUAUGGGGGCCCAUGUAUUAGGUAAUAUACGAGAAACCGUUGUCAAAACCAUCGGUGUCAGUGCUGUAAUGCGCCGUGCCGAGCGCAUGCAGAAGGAACGCGAAGAAGAAGAGGCGUUGCGCUCUCGUUUACGCCAAGAGGCCGAAGAGAAGGCCAAGAAGGAGUACUUUGAGCGCAAGCUUAGUUUCAUUAUCUCCCGUACUAGAAAUACAGCGGCUAGUAAGAUUCAGUACACGUGGCUCAUGUGGUGGAAUAGUGUGGGGAAGCGGCGGCGCGAGCUGCUGCGCAAGCGUGAGGAGGAAAAGGCUCGUCGUGAACGUUCACGGCAGGCGCUGCUCGACCAUGAGCGGCGCGUUGAAGAGGCGUUGCGGCAAAAGAAACGACCGGCACAGGCUGUUGUCGCAGUGAUUCCGUCGGUAAUACACUGUGGAAAGAAGUGGCUGGAGAGGACGGCGUGUGUGCGUUACCUAGCGCGACGUGGCAUCCCGCGCGAAGACCGCAACGAGGCCUUCUUCUUGCGGAGUGUUGCCAAGAUUCAGGCGGCAUGGCGAGGGGUUUCCACCAGACAGCGGGUCCGAGACAUGCUUGCUGUACGAGCGGAGACGUUGUUAUUGAAGCAGGAGAUCGAACCCCGGGAAUAUGCGGCAAUUGUCAUACAAAUGUUUGUUCGUCGCGUAUUUGCGAGGAUGACUAAACGACGCAAUCUUGUGGAGCGGUAUGGGCCACCUACAACGCUUAUUCAGAAGUGGUUCAGGCAGACCAUGCUUCGUCGGCGCGCGCUUGGCAUUGAUCGGGUGUCUAGGUGGCGCAAGGAGUACUCGGCGCGCCUAAUUCAGCGGGCGUGGCGUGCAUACCUCAGCCGACUCGCUCAUUUCAUGGCGCUUCUGCGAUAUCAGCUCGACGAGGACCGACGACGCGAGCGCACUGCCGCAAAGUUGCUCCAGCGCAUCGGUCGUGGGUGGAUCUGUAGACAGUACAUGACGAGAACACGGCUGCGAAAUACACACUACCAGACUGUCACGCACACCCUCAAGUGGGGCAAUGACGGCGCAGGCACCGAAAAGAAGGAUUUUUUGGAAUCCGCCUCUGCUGCUGUUGUGCCGCCCGCAGCCGCGGUGUACGUCCCCACCCCCGUGGAGGAGGUGGAGCAGAUAGCCCAGAUGGAGCGGGACAAGUAUCACAUUGGCAUAUUUGUUGACACUGUUGCAGCACGUGAGCGGGAGGCGUGGGCGGAGGCUCUUCGCCUGCGCCCCUUUGAGGUGCUGCGUCGCCGCGCGCACGAGGACCACCUGUGCGAGCUGGAGCUCAACGCUUCCCGGCGGGAACGUGCGGCGGUGAAGAUACAAACCGAGUUCCGCCGCUGGCUGCGCAUUCGGGACGGGCCGUGGCGCGACAACACACUGCUGCUAAUUAGUCGUGGUCGCUACCAGGAGGCGUGCUACGGGCGAAAGGUUGAAAUGGUUCGGCACCGGCGUGAGCAACAGGCAGGGCGCGAGAUCUUCGGCGAGCAAACAGCGCCUAUGCGGGAAAUGCGGGUAGAAGUACAAGAGGAACUGCGUGAGGUGCAGCCACUGGUGCGCACACAUGUUCCUCACGAGGAGGUGCGAACUCGCACAGAGCGCUACACGGUUGAAAUGGAACUGCAGCGCGAUGAGCUGGUGGUGGAGCAGCAAAUGACUUCUGAUAUGUUUGGUCGCAAACGAGAAUCCAGGCAGCGUCGAAUGAUUGAGGCGUCACCAACGCCACAAACAAUGUAUUGA